GCCUUAUUUUCCGUUUCAUGUGGAAAACGAAAAAGUCGAUUAGCUCGAGACUGGAGAUAAACACGCCUGUUGCAAUUCCUGAGAGAGAGAGAAAGAAAGAGUGUGUGUGUAUUUGGUCACGCACUGAGCACUUUUGAUGAUAAGUUUGGUUUAUCAGGUUUGACCUAUUACUAAACAUUAACAAAGGAGAUAACAACUAAAGACAUUCAAAGCAUGGCUGCCAGUGGAGACGAACCAGUCUGUUUGGACUAUGAAUAUUUAUACCAUCCCGAUUUACUCAAGAACAAGGUAGCAUUCAUCACUGGAGGUGGAAGUGGAAUAUGUUUUACCAUCGCUGAGAUCUUUAUGAGACACAACUGUGAUACUGUGAUUGCCAGUCGCAAACUGGAGAAAUUGGUUAAAUCUGCAGAAAUUCUAGAGAAAGCUACAGGCAAACAGUGUCUCCCUAUCCAGGCAGACGUAAGGAAGCCCCAUGAAAUUCAAAACGCGGUUGAUAAAGCACUGCAGAAAUUCGGAAAAAUAGACAUUGUGAUCAAUGGUGCUGCCGGCAACUUCCUGUGUUUGGCCUCCAAUAUGUCAUUCCAUGCUUUCCAAACUAUCCAAGAAAUUGACACCAUGGGAACCUUUAAUGUCAGUAAAGUGGUCUAUGAGAAAUACAUGAAAGAUCAUGGAGGUGUCAUCCUCAAUAUCACAGCCACUCAACAUUACAGAGGAGUACCAAUGCAGUGUCAUGUAGGUGCUGCCAAGUCUGCAAUUGACGCUUUGACAAAGCACCUUGCUGUGGAAUGGGGACCCAAUGGUAUACGUGUGUUGUGUUUAGCACCAGGACCUGUGUCUAACUCAGAAGGUUACCGGAGACUAGUUUCUCCAGAAAUUUCUGAAGCAGUGUUACGUGAGCAUGUACCUAUUGGGCAGAUUGCAACCCGAAGUGAUAUUGCAAAUAUCGCUGUGUUUCUGGUCAGCAAAGCUGCUGGUCUUUUGACUGGUGUUACUGUGGUAGCAGAUGGUGGUCAAUGGAUGGGAAGUUUGAAAAGUUGGACAAAUCAAAUUAUGCUAACAAAGAAACCUGCAAAACUUUGAUUGGUUUGUGUGUGUGUGUCAAUAAAUAUGUGUAUGUAUGUAUAUGCAUUUGUGUGUAUAAAUGUAUGUACACAUGAUUGUAGAACCAUAUGUAUGUGCAUAUAUGUGUAAAUGUCUACCUGUGUGUGUAUGUGUGCAUAUGUGUUUGUGUAUCUGUCUGUGUUCAUGUAUCAGUUUAUCUGUGUGUAAACAUCGAAACAAAUAUCAAUGGAAAUAGUAGUUGUGAUACCUGUGCCGGUGGCACAUAAAAAGCACCAUCCGAACGUGGCCGUUGCCAGCGCCGCUUCGACUGGCUUCCGUGCCGGUGGCACGUU